CCGAUAGAAGAUACUUUUUGUUUAGCCAAGUUGUCGUAGUCUCAGAGUCUUUUGUCCCCCCCACCUUGGCCUAAAGCGCACUUUUGAAGUUAGCCUCCGUUGUAAAAUUGGUUUUAGUCAAUAACGAUAUCGCAAGUGAGAACGAACAACUUGUGCAGUGUAAGAGUUUCUGAGUCGUAUAAAAAUUAAUAAUUUGAAAUUUCGGAAAAAAAACAGCCGUGAAUUUUUAUCAAACGUUAAUUUAAAAUCACUCACCGCAGUGUCAAUACUUUGUGAUGCAAAUUAGAUUUUCGAAAAGAAGAGUUUUUCUGUGAUGAAAAAUAAAUAAAUAUCCUUCAUAUGAACCUAACGUAAAAAAGCCAAUUAACACACCGUCAUCAGUUCAAGUGUGGAAAUAAAAAAUAAAACCUACACCAACCGCCAAAAUAAAUUUACAUAUCCUAAUAGCAGUGAAUUUAUAAUUUUUAUUUUGUUUAAUUUAUUUUGUAACCAAAAAUCGAAAUAAAAAUGAGGAUGUCAACGAUUCUAUCACUUUCACUCCCUGCCAUAGUGAUUUUACUCAUAUUCUUCCUCGACAUGAUGGAUGAAGUGUUUGCUCAGCAACCGGAUCCACUGUUUGAACUUCCGGUUCAGUUAAUUGGAUUUCCAGUGAUAGUACUUUCGGUGCGGUUGUCACAAUUUGCCAAGAAGUUGGCAUACUCUUUGAAUCCAGCAACCUACCGCGCACGAAUGAAGCGCGAUUUACCAUCAGAAAUAUACCUUUCACAAACAGCAGCUGAUGCAAUCGUUGCAGAAAAAGAAAUCAUCAGGGAAUUCGGUCCAAAGGCAUGUAUCCUGGAAGAACCAUGUCGUCUACAUGCUGCACGUCCUGGCAAUAGAGGUGCACAACCUGACUGGCAAGAAAUUCUAAGGAACUACAAAGUUCAAUCAACCGGCAUGAAACAGUGGUACCUCCUUUCGGUCUUUAUUGGUGAUGUCAUCCGAGAUGUGCCAUUGUGCAAGCACCUGGCCAAACGUUUACAGUGUGGAACUGAUGGACCCGAACAGUUCCUCCCGCCACAAUUCACUAGGGAUUAAUAUCGUUCAACUGGAUGAGGCUGCUGUGUCCUUCGCCAUACCUUUGUCGUUGUUGGGAUAUAAGUAUAUAAAGUAUAGGUAUACUCCUUGUCAUUUAGCUUUGCGGACCACAUCGCAUCAUCAGGAUUCAGAAGUACCUCGGACGACAAUUGUUGCAACAAGAGUAGCAGCGCCGCGCAUCCUUCCAUCUCGAAAUGUAAAUAAUUAUGUAGAUAUAUUAAAAUCCCUUCCCUCCAUAUCAACCCGUCACUAUACCGUCCAUCGUCACCAUCGCCAUUGCCAUCGCCAUUGUCCUCGUCAUUGGACUCUAUGUAAUAUUGCAAUGGCAUGUUGGUAUAGUGCUUUAUGAAGUCCAGAAACAGUAGAUGUCCUGUGAGCUGUGUGCUGUGUCCUGUCCCAUCAUCUAUUCUAACGCGUUUCCAUUGCAAUUUCCAGUGAUGUGGCGGACUUGUAGUGUUUGCCAAAAGUAUUUUGGGAUGCAUAAACCUGGUUUUGUACAGAAUUACAUCCUCACAUUCUAGUCCUUCAUUCAUUUCGUUCAUGUAUACACUGUACACAUCCAGGGAGACGGACGAUGCAAUAAAUAUUCCCUAGCAGGACAUUUCGACUGGACUUUGUAUUCUAUGGACAUCCUGGACCCAUUUAGACAUUGGUUUUAUAUGAUUGUAGGUAUAUUGUAUGUUUAAGAAUAAUGAAGGUAGGGAAAAGAGGUAAUGCUUCUGCUACACUAUACUGCAGGAAGCAGGACCAAGAGUGUUUCAUCAUCAGCUCAGCAAAAGGUAUUAACUUGUUGAUUUAAAAUUUUAACAAAGUCUCCAGCUUUUGUGUGUGAUGCAAAGUGCAAUAUAGGUAGAAGUUUUGUAUGUUGCUUUGUUCUAGUGCCUUGCAUUCAUUUUGUGAAGUUUUUGUGUAAAUUUAUUUGUCGUAUAUUAAAAUGUUUUUCAAAAAGGGUCCCAGCAUCCUUUUCAGAGUCCUUUUGACUGAUGAUGAAAUUCUCUGUUUGCAGAUAGUAUUAAGUUUAAUAUGUGUUUUUUUUUUUGUUAAUUUGUCGUCCUCGUUGCAGCGAACGACUUAUAAUUAUUUUUAUUUUUUUCAUUUUUUGUUUUAUUAUAUUUAUUGCAUUUUUUGUUUAUAUAUAAAGAAAUUUAUUUAAAAAAUGAAUAAAAACAUAUUGGAGAAUUGUUUGUUAUAUGUAAAAUG